AUGGUUCCAGAACUACAGGAAGUUCUCCAAGUUGUACAGGAGAAACUCUACCGUGGAUAUAUGUGUUCGAAGCAGAGUGGAAUUGACUGGCUAAACGGGAUUUGCGGCGACUUUUACAAACUAUUUCGGAUUUUGCACAAAUUCAUCGUUUUCGAAGGGUGCAAUAAUGUAGGUGUAAUGGAAAUCACGUUCCUAUGUUUGUCCCAAAUUGUGGUGUGCAUUCGGUGUCUGGAACGGGCUUUGACUGUUGAAUGUAAAAAACAGUGUGUUUUAUCGUCUACCCGACAAUGUUUUCUGGACAGGAUAAUUUGGUGUAUAGCAAAGAUCAAAGCUUUGGCUGAAGAUCCGGGUACUGCCGAGCGUGAAAGUACGAUGGAAUCUAACUUCGUUAGUUUUUUGGAUCUGGCACUCAAUUUGGUCGAACCAUUGACGGUUGCGCUCGAAAGUAAACACGUCAUAAAUCAGGCGGAGCAGGACGCUGAAGCUAUGAUGGAAACAGCAAAAAUUAGAUCAGUUGUUGAAGCGCUUGUAGCACAAACACUCGCGUUUGGGAAUGUUUUACAUACGAAAGAGCGAACUCAGCUGACGGCGGCAAGCCAAAAAGUGCUAAAGGAAUGCAUUUCCUUGGAAAAAGAGUCCGCACUGCAAGAAGGAGCGGACAAACCGAAUGCUCAGAAUCGUCUUCUCAAAGCAAGUGCUUUGGAAAGUGCUAUUUUUAAUUUGGAAACACAAGUUAACGAUUGUCUGCUACGAUUAGUGUAUGAAACUUUUGCUGAAUUAAGUCAAAAUUUAAUUGCGAGUAUGAGAAAGUUGGUAAAGGAAGGAGCAUCCGAAGAAGAUAUCAGUUUGGCAACCGAAAAAUUUGAUUCGCUCGUUGAUAAGAUGAUGCAAAUUGGGUUGUUUGCCAUAUCCUAUGCUGAUAAUUACAAAGCCGCCUCAACGAUUAGAAGCUGUUUAGCAUCGAUUGAGGCUUUGGAUUCCUAUCUUGUUCCGUCCAUUUUCAUACCAUGUAAUCAUCACUCCAAACUGUUGGAAGAACAUUGGUCUGAUGAGCUGUCCUUGCUUCGAUAUCACGUUCAAAUGAUUAUCGACAGUAAUGCUUUUGCGUUAGCAUUAAUAGAAAUUUUGGAUAAUGGCAUCGAUUCGCUUUGCUGUAGUUUCAAUGCGACGGAAGCAUUGACACUGGUCCGUCAGGCGGAGGUCUUUAAAGAGCAUUUAGAAAUCAAUUUUUUUGAUUUAAAAUUAGACGAAGAUCCGCAGAAAAUUCAUUUUGAAGACUAUAAAAUGAUGGUUCUUGAAUGUAGAGCUAUAGUAAAAUGUUCCAUGGAAGAUCCAACGAUUGACGCAGAGCGUAUUUUAAAACGCUUUCGGAUAAUGGUGAUAAAACUGAGGAAAAUUCAACAGGCGAUUAGUCUAGGUACAGCGAAGGAUACACCACCUCAAACGAAUGAAGUGCAGCUGCAAAUUCCCGAUUCGGCUCAAACUGACGAGGAAAAAGCUGUGGAGCAAAGUGUUAAGGAUUUUUUCUCGAGCAGCAUUCCGCGUACGUCAACGGCGAGCAUUCUGUACCGCAGCCGGCGAGGGCAAGCUCGUUCCAGGCAAGGUUCCAUAGCAUCGCUGAUGGAGAUGAAAAGCUUCUCCGAUGUGACGGCUCAAUUGCGUCAACGUGCAAAAACUACACCGGAAAAAAGUGCUUUCGGUGCGGCUGUGGCCGGCUCCAGUCGGAAAAAAAGAAACAGUUUGCGGAUUGCAAUCUUCAAGCGACAGUGCAGCAAGCAGACAGCGGAAUUGUUCGAUAGUUUUAAGAGCGAUAUCGAUUUUCAAAUUACAGAAAUUUUGGAUCAACUGAAUGACCUGUCGAGCACAUUCUCUCAAACCGAGCAUGAGGAGUCCGAUUUGCCAACUAGCAAUAUUUUGGAAAAAGAAGAAAUACCAGCUAGCAAGAGGUCUGCUACAAGAGAGGAGAUAGCCAUUUUAGAUGAUAACAGGAUAAGGAUCAAUAUUACAACUGAUAUUUGA